ACCGACCUUAUAUAAGAAGUAAGCAAAAACAGAGACAGUCCUCUCACUUUCGUUACUUCUUCAGUUUUUCAAAAGAGAGAGCUAAUGGCGUUAGCGAAUAACUUAACGGCAAUACUGAACUUACUAGCGUUACUAUGUUCGAUACCGAUAACGGCGUCAGGGAUAUGGCUUGCCUCAAAGCCUGACAACGAGUGUGUCAAUCUCCUCCGUUGGCCUGUCGUCGUCCUCGGCGUUCUCGUCCUCGUCGUCUCUGCUUGCGGCUUCAUCGGCGCCUACCAGCACAAGGAGACUCUGCUGGCUGUGUACUUGUGCUGUAUGGCGAUACUGAUCGGACUCUUGCUGGUGGUUCUGAUAUUUGCUUUCGUGGUGACCCGACCCGACGGGUCGUAUCAAGUUCCGGGUCGAGGUUACAAAGAGUACAGGCUCGAAGGGUUCUCAAAUUGGCUGAGAGAGAACGUUGUGGAUUCCAAGAACUGGGGGAAGAUAAGGGCUUGUUUGGUUGAUACAAACGUUUGUCCUAAGCUCAGCCAACAGUUCAUCACAGCUGAUCAGUUCUUCUCUUCUUCUUCCAUCACUCCUCUCCAGUCCGGUUGUUGCAAACCACCAACCGCGUGUGGCUACAACUUCGUCAACCCGACACUGUGGUUAAACCCAACCAACAUGGCUGCAGAUGCAGACUGUUACCUAUGGAGCAACGAUCAAAGCCAGCUUUGUUACAGUUGCAACUCCUGCAAAGCUGGUCUUUUGGGAAACCUAAGACAAGAUUGGCGUAAAGCAAAUCUCAUACUUAUCAUCACUGUCGUUGUUCUCAUUUGGGUCUAUGUUAUUGCAUGUAGUGCAUUUAGGAAUGCUCAGACUGAGGAUCUCUCCCGCAAAUAAAAACAUGGUUGGGUCUAAAGUGUGCAUGUGUAUACAUUUUUUGGAAGUAUUCAAAAAUAGCUUGUAAUAUUAUUACUUUGUGUUCAAAAAAGCAUGCUUUUUAUGUUUAUGUUAGAUUGUUUGUGAAGAAAUAAAAGAUAA